GCAAGUCGCUUUCUCACUACUUUCUCUCUCUAAAUAACCCUCACACUUCUCUACUCAUUACUCAUUCAAUCACUCCCCACUUCUUCUCUAACUAAAAAGUAAAACACACACACACACAUCACUCUCUCUCUCUCUCUCACUGCCGCCGAUAUUCCAUCUUCUGCUAACAGAAAAAAACAUCUCACGCCGAAAUGGCAGUCGUAGUCUGAUUUCGUUACAUACACUAUUCAUUUACAUAUUUGAUUUACGGCGAGGAGAUGGAGAGGAAGCGGAGCCAGGGAUUCUUCUCGGCAUUAGAGGACGUGGUGCGCGGCCUAUCUCCGGCGAGGUCGCGGGGGAAGAGUCCUGGCCGGAGCAGAUCGCCGAUGUCUGGCCUCCUCCGCCGGAAAGUCGGCGCCAGCAACUCCGACUCCUUGAUUGCGAGAUCGGGCAGCCUGAGGCCCGUCGGGGAGACGCUCACGCCUCUAAUGGAGGGUCCGGAUCCGGACGGAGACGAAAUCGGCGACUCCAAACGCCUCGGCUCCGGACUAGGCCAGUGGAUGCGCGGCCAGCUCACUCGGAACCCGUCCGUAGCCGUCGAUGAGAGCACCGGCGUCACCAGGAGGUCCGAUUUGCGGCUGCUGUUAGGAGUAAUGGGGGCGCCGCUCGCUCCGGUCCACGUUUUCGCCAUGGACGCUUUGCCUCAUCUCAGCAUCAAGGAUACCCCCAUUGAAACUUCAUCGGCGCAGUAUAUAGUGCAGCAGUAUACUGCCGCUUCGGGCGGGCAGAAGGUGCAGAACGCGGUGAGGAAUGCCUACGCGAUGGGGAAGGUGAAGAUGGUGGCUUCUGAGUUCGAAACAGCGACUAAAGUAGUGAAGAACAGAAAUGUGAGUAGAGCUGCUGAAUCAGGCGGAUUCGUGCUAUGGCAGAUGAGCCCCGAUAUGUGGUAUGUUGAGCUUGCUGUGGGAGGGAGCAAGGUUCAUGCUGGCUGCAAUGGGAAGCUGGUUUGGAGGCACACGCCCUGGCUCGGCGCUCACACGGCCAAGGGGCCGGUUAGGCCCCUUCGCCGCUCCCUUCAGGGGCUUGAUCCAAGAACGACUGCUAGUAUGUUCGCUGAUUCGAUUUGCAUUGGGGAGAAGAACAUCAAUGGGGAAGACUGCUUCAUUCUGAAGCUUGCUGCUGAUCCUCGGACGCUCAAGGCGAGGAGCGAGGGGCCUGCUGAGGUCAUAAGGCAUGUCCUGUUCGGCUACUUCAGCCAGAAGACAGGGUUGCUGAUUCACAUGGAGGAUUCCCAUCUCACCCGCAUCCAAUCCAGCGGCGGCGAUGCGGUUUACUGGGAGACCACCAUCAACUCGUUCCUGGAUGACUAUCGGCCCGUUGAAGGGAUCAUGAUAGCUCACUCGGGGCGAUCUGUGGUGACUCUCUUCCGGUUUGGGGAGAUGGCGAUGAGCCACACCAAAACCAGGAUGGAGGAAGCCUGGACGAUUGAGGAGGUCGCCUUCAACGUCCCAGGUCUGUCGAUGGACUGCUUCAUUCCGCCUGCUGACUUGGGGUCGGCCUCAAUCAGCGAAACGUGUGAGCUCCCGGUAGAGGAGAGGGGGAAGCUGGGUAACCGUGCGAAAGUUGCAGCGCUGGAGAAGGCUCAGCCUACCACCACCAUUGAUAACCUAAUGUGGAAGGUAGAGAUAUGAGGGAGUAGUGUGGUAAAUGUUGAUAUAUGGGUAGUGCAGUUUGUAAUUUUUAUUACUAACACAGCAGGAAAUAACAAACUAGAUUUGUAGUAGGUUGUGGGUUGUUCCUCCAUUAAAUCUCUGUUUGUAACAGAAUCCAACUAGAGGGGUUGGUUGGAGGCUAAUUUUUUGGUUAGUUUAUCUCAAAUGGUGAAAAGCUUUAAUAUUAGUAUUGGCAAAUCCAUUGGGAUUUUGUUCUUAUUCACCAAUUUGUUUUUGUGCCUAGUAUAAACGGCAGUGGCAGUCGGAAAAGGGUAAUACUGCUGCUGCUAAUUAGUUCUUCAAGAUUUGUGUUUGUUGAUUAGUUGAAGGAAUUUCAACAUGAUGUAAUACAGCAGGAAAGCCAACACAGCUGUUUUGCAUGA